GCUCCUGUCCGAGAAGCAAGCGUAGUAAAGCGAAUGGAAGCCGACCCGGGCCUGCGUUGCCAGCACAUAAGAUGGAGGCGAAGGCGCUGAGUCGCGGGCGGCCAUUGGCUCGGGCGGGAGGCCAGAAGGCUCCGCCCCUUCGCCGAGGGCUUCUCUCGGACCGUGUGAGAGGAAGCGAGAGAAGAGGAAAUCCGGGCCUGGCUGGGGGGCGCCCUGGGGCAGAGGCCCCAGCCUGGGGCCAGAGGAAAGGCAGGGCCGAGGCGAGGCGCCCAACCGCCGCCUGGAGAAAGUUUGAGAUUCUGUAAAAAGGAAAGGCCGAAGACUUUGCAGUCUCUUGAUACUCAGGAUGAAUGUUGAAGAGAUUCCUUGGUUGCCUACAAAUUCGCUUGUGCUGCAUGAUCACUGAAAGGGGACCUCAAUCAUGGAGGACAAGCGUAACAUCCCGAUUAUCGAGUGGGAGCACCUGGACAAGAAGAAGUUCUACGUCUUUGGCGUCUGCAUGACCAUGAUGAUCCGGGUCAGUGUGUACCCCUUCACACUCAUCCGGACACGGCUGCAGGUCCAGAAGGGGAAGAGCCUUUACAAUGGGACUUUCGACGCCUUCGUCAAGAUCCUACGGGCAGAAGGAGCAACAGGACUCUACCGGGGCUUCUUGGUCAACACCUUCACCCUGAUCUCGGGCCAGUGCUAUGUGACGACAUAUGAGCUGACUCGCAAAUAUGUUUCCAGGUACAGCAACAACAACACCAUCAAGUCUGUGGUAGCCGGCGGGUCGGCUUCCCUGGUGGCCCAGAGCAUCACAGUGCCCAUAGAUGUGGUCUCCCAGCACCUGAUGAUGCAGCGGAAAGGCGAGACCAUGGGCCGGUUCAAGGUACAGACCUAUGAAGGCAAGCGCUUCCCGGUUUUUGGGCAGACCCGGGACAUUAUUUCACAGAUCUUCAAGGCCGAUGGGCUGAAAGGCUUCUACAGGGGCUACGUGGCCUCCCUCCUUACCUACAUUCCCAACAGUGCCGCCUGGUGGCCCUUCUACCACUUCUACGCAGAACAGCUUUCUAGCCUCACGCCCACAGACUGCCCGCAUCUGCUCCUCCAAGCCAUAUCCGGGCCAAUGGCAGCUGCCACGGCUUCCACCCUCACCAACCCCAUGGACGUCAUCCGGACUCGUGUGCAGGUGGAAGGCAAAAACUCCAUCAUUCUCACGUUCAAGCAGCUGAUAGCGGAGGAAGGUCCAUGGGGCCUCAUGAAAGGUCUCUCGGCCCGCAUCAUCUCGGCCACCCCUUCCACCAUUGUCAUCGUGGUGGGCUACGAGACACUGAAGAAGCUGAGCCUCCGUCCAGAGCUGGUGGACUCCAGGCAUUGGUAGCAGAACUGGAGAUCUCCCCGCCACCCUCGGGAUCUCUUGGACCAUAGCCGUGGUUGGCAAUUCACCAAAAAUAAGAGAGCCUUGUGGCUGGAGAAUUCUCUGGUACAUUGUAAUGAGACUGUGGCACGUUCAGUGUAGGCGGUUCUAUCAAGUAUCCUUUUCCCUUCCGCCGGUAUUGCUCCCUGGCGUCCUUUGGGAUGGUCCCAGCCUUCUGUAGAGGAACAGCCUACUGUAAAACUCUUGGACACCUAAUUCACGUGUGAGCAAAAUGUUGCGCACCUCCAGGUGUUGUGUUUUUUCCUUAAAUUAAAAGACCUGAGUGGUGAAGCAGAGCACCAGUGUCACUCGGAAUGGAUUUUGAUCCUUUUGCCAAAUUUCUACACUGGAAGAGUGAACUUCCCUCGCUAGAGCCCUUGGCUGGGAAAUCUACCAGUCACAACAGUGUUUGCCUGUAGACCGAAAAUAUUUCAUUGAUAAAAGUCCCAUCCCCCGUCUCCCCAAACCUUCUACUAUGUGAAGUUUUGAGAUGGGGGUGGGGGGGAGAACCUCGUGUUAUUUUUUUUAACACGCUGCUUUGAUAUCCGGACAAGAUUUGUACAUAUUAAUUUUUUCUCCUUUUGUAUAUUCUUGGAAACCUUCUUGCCAAUCUUCCAUUAUCAAAGCAGGGUUGUUGUUUUUGAUGUAUCAAAGGGGAUUUUAAAGGAAGUUCUCUUUUUAGUCCAUGGUAACUGUGAUGCAAAACCGUUCUGUGUGUGUACGACCUAGGAGGAGAAAGUGCUCCAGUUUUCUGUGGCCUUUGCAACGGGAGUGUGAAGAAGAUCCAUGUCUUAAAAUGUUUUCCCCUCUAUUUUUUUUCAAAGCACAAAUAAUUCUGAUGAUUCUCUCCAUCUGGGGGGCGUCAUCUGAAAGGCAGAGUGUGUAGUUUUGCAGAAACAAUUUGUAAAAUACUGGGGCCAUUGAGCCUGUGAGGAAGGAUGCAUGAGAUUGGGUGGUUUGAUCCAGUCUGUUCGUUCUGCCCUGUCUUCUCCCAUCUGAAUACUGUCCCCACCUCUGGUGCUUUUUGAAUGCAGCUCCUGCUGGUCCACAGUGGAUCGUUCCCACCAUCCCCCCCCCCCCGCCCCUUUUCAGUUAUUUGUGUCGUUACCUUUGCAUAGAGAUCUGGCAGGGAGCAAAAGUCAUUUUUGUGGAAUUAAAGUAAAUUGAUUCACUUUAUUGUGUGGCAUGGGUGGGGUGUCUUUGAAAGCAGUACAGAUCAGUGGUACUCUUGGCACUUUGGUGGUUCUAGCUGCUGCAAAGAUUAACCGAUGAACUGAUGUCAGUUUACGUGAGUGCCAUAAUUGAGAACUAAGAGAGGGGAUCGUGUCCCCACCUAUUGAAUUCUUAAACAUUAUUCUGUAAGUAGGGCCUGUAGAGAAACAUGCAGUGUGUAAAACCCAAUUUGUUUUCAGUGUGCAGUGGGACAUGGGUGAAAUCAAGCCAUGUGCCCCUGCCUCUUGUGAGGUCUCCCCUUGAACGCUCUACACGCAACCCCUCUUCCUUGACAGCGAGGGAGAGUGCACAUGAGCGUGCUGGCCCUGGAGCACGGCACUCACAUGCAGCGGCCGCAGCCGUGCGCAUUCUCCCUCCCCAUGAUUGGGAAUGCAGCUUUCCACCAUUGCCAGUCAUUAGGAGGGGUUAUACAAGCAGGUGUGGCCUCUGCGCAUAGGUGCUGGGCUAAUGAGCUGCUUCGCUUUCUGGAAAGCUUCCCUGCCCAGAGAAUGCGUGUCAGGGGUUCUGGCCUAGCCUUCCCCCCUGACCGUGGUCACUCUCUACAUGUAGGGGCGUUCCUUAAGCCUGUCACCUCUUAACUCCAGCUUUCGCAGAUUCAUGUUGAACGGGAUCAGCCUGUGGCAUCUGAGCAAAUGAGGAGCCUUUUUGUGAUUGGAAUCAAUCAGGAAUAUCCCAACACGCAGCCUAAAUUUGAUUUUUGUCCUAACGUCUUGCUUUGCCUUGUUUCUUUUUUUUGCUAAAUGGAGCCAUUACACUGUUUGCUUUUGUCGAAAGCGCAUGCUUCCGGGACUGAACCACUUUGUAUGCAUUGCUGUUCAUUUCCAUACAUUUCACUUUCUUGUUUUGCAUAGGGAUGGGCUUUUAAAGGGGGGGGGCUUACACUGGGGAGAAUCUGGAUGGUGACUUCAGUUGGUACUUUCUUCACAGUUAUGAGGUAAAUGAACUUCAAUGCGUGCAGUCCCAAUAUGAGCUACAGCCAUCAAGUCCAUUAAAACCAGCGUGAGCAGAAGAGUGUAACUGCUCAGGAAGGCACUGUAAGACCACUGUAAAGGUUUGCACCUUCCCCCUGGAAGGCUGGAGCCAGAAGCAUCACAGCGAUAUGUUACUGCCAUCUGUUCAUCAGAUAGAUCCGUUCUUUAGAAAACCUGUUUCAUGGGCACAUUUUACAUGUGAUCCCCCAUGCCAGUGCAGUGAAAAGUAAUUCACAACUGUGGUGUCUUUUGCCUUUCUGGUCAGGUCUUUCCACAGACAAAAAUUUGGGGGUCUGAAAUUUCAUUCCAUUCUUUGUCUAACCCAACUUGACAUGCGCACAGCGCUCCAAAUAGCUGUUUUUUUAAAAAAAAUAUUAUUAUUAUUAUUUUGGCUUCCAAGCGCUGGUGCACAAGAGACUCCACAAGGAGGUCCGUCAGACCAAUCUGAAGAAACGGUUAUGACUUGGUUGACUGUAAAAGUGUUCCAAACACAAGGGUUGAACGGUUGAGCGAGUAGGGCCGCCCAGGAAGAUCCAUGCGAAUGGAGAGUUUUUGCCCAUUGAGGUCUGCUUAAACGGGAGUGAAUUCCACGCCAUCUGUGCUACUCGGUGCCUGCUGUUUCGAUAUGGAGUUUGAAUGUAUAAAUGUACAUUGGAGGGGAAAAGAGGUUUCAAUUUUGCACUGUAAGGCGUCUUUGAAGUGUAAUUAAAGUUUUUAUUAUUUAUUUACUUGA